AUGGUUGACUGGGCCAUAAUUACACCCCUCAAUGAAGAUGCUGACAAGAUAAAUGAUAAGGUUGUUGAGAAGUUUCUCGGAGAAGGAAAAACAUACUAUUCGAUUGAUUAUGUUCUCGAAGAUAGGAGAAAUUUGUACCAGCAAGAGUUUUUUAAUUCAAUUUCAGCUUCGGGAUUGCCUCCUCAUGCUCUCACUCUGAAAUUUGGGGUACCUCUAAUGCUUUUGAGAAACAUCGAUCCUAAGAAUGGCCUUUGCAAUGCAGCACAAUUGCUUUGUCAUUCACUCAACGACCAUUUUAUAGAUGCUGAGAUUUUAACAGGGCAUUCUAGGGGAAACAGAGUUUUUCCGUUGAAGAGUGCUAAAGAUAUAAAGUUGCCAUUUGAGCUGGCUAGAAAGCAAUUUCCAGUAAAGUUCCAUGUUCAUGCCAAUCGUACUGAUAUGGUCUUCGGAUUAGUUCUGUAUGCUUCGCCAAUUGAGUCUGUUGGAGAAAACUCAGUUAAAAGAGAUUUCGCGAUAAUGGAUAAAACUUGA